CAUAAAGUUGAUUUAAAAGGUGGAAAUGAUGUGACGGAAAUGUCUCGACUUUCUUAUUAUUUUCUGUUUCUUGUAGCAGGCUUGGGCUAUCCGGUCGCGUGGACGCCCUGUCUAGAUUGUGUAGCAAACAAGAGACUCUGUAUUGCGUCGGGAACGUGCGGACAAUGCGAAACUGGUUACGUCGAAGUCUCAAAUCGCUGCGUAGGCAAAGAUUACGUUCAUCCUCAUCUGACUGAUAUACGAAGAAAUUCUCAAACGGAUGAAUUAUUAGAAACCGCAAUGCAAGAUCAUACACAGAAUGGAUUGAGUCGAUCUACAGAUAAAGAUAUGGGGACAGUAGGAAUGGCACAUUCACAUAAAGAGAUGAUCCAUACAAAAGAUACGACGGACUCACUCUCUCCCUUCACUGACAAGGCAACAGAAAUAGAAACGUCUAACAGUCCAACAGACGAUCCUGUUAGAUCUAUUUAUACGACCUCUGAAGCUUCAAAUAGUCAUGAGGCUAAAUCAGGGACUGAUAACAGUCAGCUGUCUGCUGCUAUUACGCAGUCACGUGAAGAAAUAUCGGCACCUGCAGCAGGUGUUCGUGACACUGUUGAGGCACCUGCAGAAGGUGGAAGCAAAGGCGAUGAUGCACUGACUCGUUUGUUACUAAGACCGACGUCAAUUGAGGAUCAGGCAAUACCAAGCAGCAUGACAGAAAUGACUCAUGCACUAACAGGAACAAAUAGUUCAGAUGGAAGAAUCGCCGAUGUGUACUUACUCGUUGUGAUCAUAUGCUCGUGUGUCAUUUCGAUCAUGGGUCUCAUCAUUGCAUUUCUCUGCUGGUCCAAACUGAAAAAUCAAGCUCGAAGAGUGAUCGAUUCUGAGUACUCCUAUAGACAUCUCCCUGCAAAAGAAGACCACAACACAGUGAAUGGCUACACAAGUGCUCAGCAGGCUGAGCUGUACAUGUAUAAUCAAAAGAGGCAGCAAAUCAAGAGUAGCCAUACGUCGUUUGGUGACUAUGAAAGGGAAUUUGGUGUACUUGGUGAGAUGCAGCGUGGAAUACACAACAAACAGAUGGACUUGCAACCAGGAGAAGACGAGGAUACGAUAUAUGAAACGCCAGGACUAUCUAGUGUGGAAGACAUUAAAAUUGUGAACCCGGUCUAUCGGCCUACUCAUCAUGGAUCGAGUGUAUCUACGAAAAGCCCUGGAACGAGCAGUCCUGGAGGAUCAAACUAAGAUAAUUGGAUUGUAAAUAGAUUGCAGUGUAGUCUUCAGCUGUGUUGAGGAGCAGCAGCUCUUGUUUGUAGUUGUACAGUUCCUAGUCUUGUUGUGUAGCUUGAUAUACCGAUUUGUUUUGUAUUCGUACUUUUUGAUUAGUUGCCUCUUGUAAGGUGUAGGAUAGCAAUUGUUAUACUCAAAGAAUACGACUGUGUCAUGAUCACCUUGAUGGAUAGA